AAAAACCGCCUUUAGUCUCGUCGUUUUCCUUUUAUAUAUUUGCGGAAAAAAAUUUACCAAACAUUUUGUCAAUAAAAUAAAAAUUCCAUAUAUUAAAAAUGUCUGGGCGUGAGACGAUAGAUCUGUCUCCUGUUGGAAAAGAAAUAUUAGAACACCGUGCAGCGAGACGUAAUAAAUUACGUUAUGAAUAUUUGAAACAAACUCAAAAUCCUUAUCGUCAUGGACUAGGUAUCGGAGGUUGUGUUGAUGAUGUUGGAGUAAAUCGUCUUAUGGCAAUGAAAGUAUCAGCAUCUCAUUUUUUCAAACCAUCAUGGAAAAAUGCUAGCUUUAUGCUUGCAGUUUGUAUUAUUCCAAUAGUAACUUUUACAUACGGUUGUUACUACGAGAGGAAACAGAAAGAACACCGAUUGAGGACUGGUCAAGUGAGUUACCGUGAUCGGGAAUACAAAUUUAAUUAAAUUACAGCUACUAUAGAAGUACACGUGUAUAAUAAUAAUUGGAACAAUAAAUAAGUAGAAGUAAAAAAAAUUAAAUACAUAAAAAUUUAUUUGUCAUUU